AUGGGCUCCCGGCACUUCCCUGCCCGCACCGUCCUCUUUGAGAAGGAGUCCAAUGGCGUCACAUACCGCGUGCCUGCUCUGCUCUACCUGCCCUGUGUGGCCAAACUGCUGGCUUUCGCUGAGGAGCGACUGAGUGCCGACGAUGCCCACGCCAACCUGCUGGUGCUGCGCCGUGGCACGAUCUACGGGAGCUAUGUGGAGUGGGAAGAUAUGCGCGUGCUGGAGACGGCGACGCUGCAGCACCACCGGUCGAUGAACCCCUGCCCGCUCUAUGAUGAGUUCACUGGCACCCUCUUCCUUUUCUUCAUCACUGUGCUGGGCAGGACCCCUGAAGCCUACCAGAUCGUCACCGGCCAAAACGUCACCCGCCUCUGCUGUGUCACCAGCGCUGACCAGGGCCUGAGCUGGAGCACAGCCACAGACCUGACGCAGCAGGUCAUUGGCGGGGCCAUCAAAGACUGGGCGACAUUUGCACUGGGCCCCGGGCACGGGAUCCAGCUGCGGUCCGGCCGGCUGCUGGUGCCUGCCUACAGCUACCACAUCGACUGCAAGGAGUGCUUUGGCCAGCUCUGCAAGACCACCCCUCACUCCUUUGCCUUCUACAGUGAUGACCAUGGCCGGGGCUGGCGCUUUGGGGAGUUCAUCCCCAACCUGCAGACAGGUGAGUGCCAGCUGGUCUCGGUGGAUGAGGAGGAUGGCUCCAACGUCCUCUACUGCAAUGCCCGCAGCCCUUUGGGCUUCAGGGUCCAGGCACUCAGCACAGACGACGGGGCUGUCUUCCACGGGGGGCAGCUGGUCCAGCGGCUGGUCGAGCCCCCCCAUGGUUGUCAUGGCAGCGUCAUCGGCUUCCCCGCACCUUUCGUGUACGUCCCCACUGCCCCCUGGGACCCCACAAUGCCCCUCCGGGGCUCAGCUCGCCAGCUGCUCCCUGGGAUGCUCCAGGGAUUUCAGUACCUGCCCACCCAGCAGGCAGCAGGUGAUGAGCUGCCCGCUGUGGCCACCAGCAGCCACCACAAGCCAGCCGAGCCUGAGGAGGGCUGUCCUACCCCAGGGCUUCACGGCCAUGCCCAUGGUAUUGCCUCAGUCCGAGGGGACCCUGUGGUGACCCCCAGCCCCACCGCCUUCUUCCAAGCACCAACGUGGGUCCUCUACUCCCACCCCACCAGCUCCAUGUCACGGGUCAACAUGGGGGUUCACCUGAGCACCUUCCCCAGGGACGUGGAGAGCUGGACCGAGCCGUGGGUCAUCUAUGAGGGCCCAAGCGCUUACUCAGACCUGGCUUACAUGGAGCUGCCCUACAAUGAGGCCUCCAUCUCUGGUGGCCCAGCCAUCGCUUUCGCCUGCCUCUACGAGAAUGGAACACGGUCGCCCUAUGAGCAGAUCUCCUUCAGCAUGUUCACGCUAUACGAUGUGCUCCAGAACAUCCCCCUGACAGCCACUGCUCCCCAGCAGGAUGGCGGCCCCACACACCGCAGGAAGCAGAGGCGAAAGAGCUGCCUCGUCUCCUAA